CUGUAAUAGAAGCUUCCUUGAUACUCUCAACAUACUUUCUCUUGGUCCGAAUCUGUCUUCCCCUGUUUUUUACACUCUGUUUUCUUUCUUUUUCUCCGACACGUUUCCAAGUUUAGAGGAUAGACUCAGAACAAUUCUAUGAAUCACAUUUUUUCUUUUACUUUUCGUCGCUACACCUAAAUAUAGCUACUCUAACAAAACAUACUGUUUCACUUGAAUUAACUGUUUCUUCAUCGUUACGUUUCUAACACACACCACUCGUUGCUCUGUUUUUUUACCUGAAACAGCGAGAUAAUUUAGUGUCUUCAGUAAUCAAAAACAAACUUUUUCAUCUCUCUUUUCUUUUUCUCUUUCGAAAUAGAAAGCUUUUUGAUUUCUAUCUCAUUUCUUUGGCUCGAUCUUUCUCUAAGAUCCACAUCAAAGAUGGGUCUUUGUGUUUGUGAUCGUUGACAAAUUUGUCGUUUGGCUUUGAAAACAAAAUGGCCUCGUUACGACCUAGCUUCGGAUGUGUCCUUAGAGAUCGCAACCAACGGCACAGCGAUAAUGACGUCGUUGUCAAGAAGAAAGCUCAAGUUAAAGCUGCACCUCCGCAGGCGAUCUCCGAUGAGAGUUCCCAGAACAGAGUCGAUUCUUUGAUCGGAAACAAGCGGAGAAAGAACAACAAAAGCCGUCUUGGAUCGCCGGAGAAACCAAGUACGAGGAAAUGGAACGACUUUUCCGACAGUCUUGGAGGAGCUUCGUCUCUUGUGCAGAUAUGGGAGGCGAGGCUGAACCGAUCCAACGGUCGAUCAACAGAGAGCAGCAGCUCAGAAGCGAGCGUUCAAGAAAUCCACCUCCCGGAUCCACCCAUCGACGGCGAAUCUGAAUCGGAGAACGAAUCGAAUACUCCUGAUCGGACGGUGGAGAUUGAAUCUAGGACUCUCAUUUCUGUUUCUGAUUUCAGUGAGAGCAAAUGGGGCAGAGUCGGUGAAAUGAUCCGGAGGUUAAGCAACGAACAGAAGCUAACUGCCCGAGAUAAUGUCGGUGCCAUCCACACGCCGGCGACGACGGAGAAAAGGAGUUUUCCGGUGGUUACUUGUUCGCCGCGGAUCCGAGGUCGCCAAGCAUUGUCAGAUUUGCUUGUGCAUCUCGAACGUGAACGCCACCGCGAAUUGGAAUCGCUUCUUGGACGCAACGCAGUUUCUAGGUUUUCUCAACGCGGUCGCCUCCAGUCAAUGUUGCGGCUAAGGAGUCUCAAACGCGGUCUAGCGAUUCAAGAUCGUCAUCGUGGAAGCACAAAAGGCGAUUUGAAUCGCUUCCAACCUAGUUCUAAAAUUCUUCAUCUAAGGGAAAAAUUCCGGGAACAUACAUCAUCAAACGCCGCCGCUGAAGCCGAACGAAUAAAGGGUCAACAAUCCACCGUAGAAACAGAGAGCAUGCGGCCAAGAGAAAUUAGUAUUAUCUCAGAUACUCCUUCCACAAAGCGGUUAAGCCCUCAAAACCGCAACAAAGACGAAGGAAUCUUGUGCAAGAAGGAAACUGAAUCAAAGAUGGGUUACCUUCAGCUGAAAGAAGCCAUCGUAGCAGAAGUUUUGAAAAGAAAUUCUGAUAAAUAUAGCCCGAUCAACUGCGUAACUCAUCAAGAACCAGGGGAAGAGGAAGCGAACAAGGUUGAAAGCGCUAAGGAGGGAACUCAAGAGACACAUUUACUUGCGAAACAAGAAACCUCGUUCCAAAACAGAUGGGAAGAGCAAGAAGAGUAUGAGGAUGAGCAGUCUUAUUACGGAGACAUGAGCUAUGACUGGUUUACGGAUGUAUCUCGGCCUCGGUCUUAUUGGGAAGAUCUGAGGAAAUCUCGGUAUUUGGAAGUGAUGAAUACUAGAUCUGACAAAGACGAUAUAUGCAGACUUCUCGAGAGAAGAACAGUUUCUGGAUUCCUCCAGAGCGGAUUGCGAGAGAAGAUCGAUAAGCUCAUAAUGUCUCGUGUUCAGACACAUCCAGCUCAGCGGGUGGAAAAAGCUUGUAGAGAAGAAGAGAAAUGUGACGUUGGAGAAGAAGGCGAAGACAGAGAUGACUCGAGCCAAUUAUCAUUGCAGAUAUUUGCACCAUCUCCGGCAGGAUCAUGGAGUUCUCAGGACACAGGAGUUACUUCAACACCAAUUCACACCUACUCACAAUCUUCAGCACCUUCCACACCUAUGCACAAUCUUAAUUCCAAUGAGAUGGAGAUUAUAAGCGAUUUGAGGUCACACAUUUUACAGCUCCAACUAGAUAUGUCUGAGCUACGAGACUCUGUCAAAACGUGUUUGGACUUAAACGCCGGACUUCAAAAGUCAGUUCACCCUGAAAAUCCCCUGAAACGCAAAUGCUGCGUUUGUAACGAAACCCAAAUUGAAACACUUCUUUACAGAUGCGGACACAUGUGUACAUGCAUGAGAUGCGCAAACGAACUACAACAUAGUGGCGGUAAAUGCCCGAUUUGUCGUGCCAAGAUUCUAGACGUUGUUCGCGUUUUCGUCGAUUCAAGAGCCUAAAACUAAUGAACUAAAACGGUUCAAACCGCUAACGACACUUCACUUUACCUAUAACACGUUUUUCUUCUUCUAAUUCCUCUGUUUUUGUUUUCACGUUUGACUGGAACGCGUUUGCGUUUUGGAUCUGCGUCCAAGAUUCAUAUCUAUGUUUUUUAUAUGUGAAUCACUAACUCAACCUGUUUUCCUUGACGUUGAAGGUUUCUUCUUGUAAAUGUAAUCUACGUAUGCCUCC